GCGUGUCAUGAUGCUGAUGUAAACACAGAAUAUAGCGGCGAGAUUGACCUCCAUCCUGCCUGGCGAUUUUUGUGACGAAUACGUUUUAAUGUGCGGACAUCAUGGAUUCAUACAUCAACGUCAAACUCAACUUCAGGGGGAAUUCUAAGAAUUUCCUCCUGUCGGGCACGGAGACCAAGAGCUGGGACUCGAUGGAGGCCAUGGUGAAGCGCUCCUUUAGCUUGUGCAGUCUUCAGCUCACUUACUUUGAUGAGGAGAACGAGGAGGUGUCCAUCAACAGUCAAGCGGAGUACGAAGAAGCACUCAAGAGUGCAUCCAGACAGGGUCAUCGUCUGCACAUGAACGUGUAUGAGACCAGGGGCCACACAGUGAGGGGGUCUAGUACUAAGACCAGUACUACAGAAGCAAAGAGAGGGUUCAGACCCCCACAGAACUGUCCCACCAUCACACACCUGGUCACUCGCAAGAUCCAGGCUGCAGUGCCAGAACAAGGACUGGUGAUGAUGAAAGGCACCAAAGAAGAAGACAAGACUCCACCUGCCUGGUUUACUUCCUACAUGGAGAAGUUUAAAGACCAGGUGGUGCGCGAGGCUGUGGAGAAGAUCUGCAGAGAGUUCUCUGGACAGUGUUGUAUCCACAAGCCUCUGAGUGGAGGAGCUGAGGGAGGAGCAUCCACCCAGGUGAUACCAGAGGUGUCUUCUUCUACCCUGCCUGGAUCGCCGUCCUCCUCCACCCCUCCUUGCUCCUCCUGCAGGGGGCAGACCACAGGUGGAGGCUACCAAUGCAGUGUGUGUACAUCUUGUACUCUGUGUGAGCCUUGCAGUUUCUCUCAUGACCCCAGUCACAAUUUGGUGAGGGCCAGAACUCCCCUCUCCAUCCCCGAACAUGGAUCACCUGCCCCCGACCACAACAGAUUCUACAGGCGGGGAGACCGCAGCUUCCGUAAGGCCGAGAAGCAGCGUCUGAAAGCAGAAAAACGUCUGUUGAAGGCCGAGGUCAAGGAGAUCCGUAAACAGUUACGAAUGGAGAGGCGUGGCCUACAGUGGAGCUCCUCCCACCAUGAUGCCACUUCUUCGCCUGUCCUCCUUCAGCCUCGCGCCACACAGCACAGCAGCCCCGAGCGACCAAAGCGUCCAUGUCCUCUGAUGGUUCCUGCCAUGACAGCCACCUUUCUGGAUGAGAACCUUCCUGAUGGCACCCGCCUGCGUCCUGGGACCAAGUUCAUCAAGUACUGGAAGAUGAGGAACACUGGAACUAUGAGCUGGAGUGCUGACACCAAGCUGAAGUUCAUGUGGGGAAACCUGGCUGUGGGAUCUGGAGAUCGUUGGAGAGAAGUGUCUGUUCCCUUUCUCCAGCCUGGACAGGUUGGCAUCGUGAGUGUGGCACUAUGCGCUCCCUCUGUGGACGGUUCCUACACCUCCCACUGGCGCCUGGCCCAUGCUGGAGAGCAGUUUGGACCCAGAGUCUGGUGCAGCAUCUUGGUGGACCCUCUGGCCCCUGCCCCCAUGCUGGCUGACGGGAUCCUGGUAUCUCCUUGUGUCACACCACAGGGUAAGAACCCAGUACCAAAGGAUGGAAAAGCAGGUACAGCAUGGAGAAAGUCUGUGGACAGUGGAGAAGAGUACUUCAUCCCCUCUGUGGACCUGCUCACUGCACAGGAUCUUCUCUCUUUUGAGUUGUUGGACAUCAACAUUGUUCAAGAGUUGGAGAGUGCCCCAAAUAACACUCCCACAGACGGGACUCCUUGCAUCUCACCUCUUCCUCAAGAUGGCUACCUGCAGGACAAAGUCUGCCCUUCCCUGGGGCUGAUCCAAGAAGAGACGGAGAUGAGCAUCAUGGAUGUCCCUGGUGAGGUGGCUGCUGGUGUGGAGGACAGCGGUGUGCCAGCACAAGAGGAGGGCGAGGAGGACAUCAGUGGCACUCAGUUUGUCUGUGAGACGGUGAUUCGCUCCAUGGCCUUGGAGGAGGCCCCUGAUGGCCCACCGAUGAGAGCAGUGCUACGGAGCAGCCAUGACCUUCUGGACAGUGACACUGGGGGCAGCGGCCAAAAGUCAUCCCUGCCGUCCCCUCUUAAAGCCUACUUACCUGCUCCCCAGUCUACAGCCCAGGUGGCCGGUCCCAGCUCAGUGCCAGUACCACUCCACACUCCAACCACCCCUCUGGAGUGCAGCACAAUAGCUGAAGGCGAGGGUCCGACACGCAGUGUGCCGCCCACAAGAAGGCAAAGUGAGAAAGAAGCAGCUGUCAACAAAGGCGGGGGAAAAGAGGAAGGAAGGAGGAGUCGCUCAUCUUCCACCUCCUCUGAGGAUUACAUCAUCAUCCUUCCUGACUGCUUUGACACCAGCCGGCCACUAGGGGAGUCCAUGUACAGCUCUGCUCUGUCACAACCUGGGGACAUCCCAGCCAGCAACCCCCCAGAGCCAGAAGCCCAGACCUCGGAACUUGCGGGGAACAACCCCCAGGAAGAAGAAGAGGCGCAUGAGACCACAGCUCCAGAGAUGGAUUCGGAGACGUUGGGCAACAGCAGCGCUAACGACAUGCUUUGCACAUCUCAGACACUUGAUGACGAGCCGCUGACACCUGAGGUGCUGAUGCCGCCUACAGCCGUCCUCACACCGAGUCCAGACAGUUUUGGGAAAGCAGCAGGAGAAGAAGGUGCAGCUGAGGAAGAAACAGAGGAGUGUGAACUCUAUCAAACUCAUGAUACAUCUAGUGUGGAAAAGAAAGAGUCAGAUGUUUCUCAAGCCACGGCAGACCCUGAUGAAGACAGAACUGAGGACCCCAGGGAUGCAGGUGUGACCAGUGACCUGGUCAAAGGAGCUCUGUCGGUCGCUGCCUCCGCCUACAAAGCUCUCUUCACUGGACAAGGCCCCACUCAGCCCCCAGUGGACCAGUGGACCCAGGACACCAUGAUGGCCGUGCUGCUGGAGAUGGGCUUUGGUGACCGGCCCCUGAACCAGCGCCUGCUGCACCAACACCAGUACCACCUGUUGGACGUGGUCAACGAGCUGGUGCAGCUGACUGACAGUGACUGCUACUCCACACCUUACUGACGCCACACAAGUGUGAUGCAGGUGUGACACAGGUGUAGUCACAAUCUUAUUCCAAAAUGGAAGACCUUGGUUCUUGUCCUGGUAAUGACCAUGUGAAAAGUUGUUUUAAUUGUUGCAAAUGUAGAAAAACUCAAAAAAGACAUGUGUUCAGAUCUUCUGCUCAGUACUUCGUCGAUGCACCUUGGGCGGCAAGUCUUUUUGAACAACCUUGGCACACCUAUCUUUGGGCACUUUCUCUCUUUCCUCUUUGCAGCAUCUCUCAAGAUCCAUCAGGUUGGAUGAAAUGUUGGUUUUCAUGCAGGACGUCUCUGUACAUUGCUGCAUUCGUCUUUCCCUCCAUCCUGACUAGUCUAACAGUUCCUGGCUCUGAAAAGCAACCCCAGAGCAUGAUGCUGCCUCCAGCAUGCUUGACUGUAGGGAUGGUAUUGGAUCUGGUUUCCUCCACACAUCCACACCAAAGACUUCAAUCUGUGUCUCAUCAGACCAGAGGAUUUAUUUCCUCCUGGUCUGAGAGUCUUUCAGGUGCAAAAUUUUGACCAAGAAAUGUCUUCCGUCUGGGCCUGAUUGGUUUAUUUUCCUUUUGGAAGGUUCUCCUCUCUCCACAGAGGAAUGCUGUAGCUCUGACAGAGUGACCAUGGUCUUGGUCACCUCCCUGACUAGGGUCCUUCUCCCCUGAUCACUCAGCUCUAGGAAGAGUCCUGGUGGUUCCAAACUUCUUCCAUUUUUGGAUGACGGAGACCUUCAAGGCCGCAGAUCUAUGCCUGAGGUCUACAGACAGUUCCUUGGACUUCCUUCUUGGUUUGUGCUCUGCAUGGGACCUUAUAUAUAGACAGCUGUGUCCGACCAACAGAAUUUAGCACAGGUGGACUCCACUGAAGCUGUAAGAACAUCUCAAGGAGGACUAGUUGCACCUUUUCAGCUUCAAGGCCCAGGCUGUGAAUAAUGAUGUCAUUUCCAUCCAUCCAUCCAUUUUCUACCGCUUGUCCCUUUCGGGGUCGCGGGGGGUAGCUGGAGCCUAUCUCAGCCGCAUGUAAUUUCUUCCUUGUUUAUUUACAUUUGCAAAAAAAAAACUUUUCACAUUGUCAUGAUGAGGUAUUGUGUGUAGAAUUUUGAGGACAAAAAUGAAUGUGUUCCUUUUUGGACAUAAAUGUGAAAAUGUGGGGAAUGUGAAGCAAUGCCAAUACGUUAUCAUGGGGGUCUCAGCAGGGGUCCAAGCACCAAUACGUUAUCAUGGGGGUCUCAGCAGGGGUCCAAGCACCAAUACGUUAUCAUGGGGGUCUCAGCAGGGGUCCAAGCACCAAUAUGUAUCAUGGGGGUCUCAGCAGGGGUCCAAGCACUUUUCAGUGCCUCUUGUCUUGAAACGCUUCCCUGAAGUAGUUUUUUUUUUUUUACUUCUUUUAUCUUCACUCCACUCACUUGAGAAAGACACACAGACACACACUCACAGACACACACACACACACUAGGUGUAUUCAUUGUACAAAAAAAGAUGAUUUUACUUCAAUGAACUUAUCGCUGAUGAAUUUGAUUUGAAAGUGUUUAUUAUUUCUGAUUUGUUUUGUAGUAAACAUUCUGGUAGUGACGUCUGUGGAAACAACACAAUCAUUUUGGUACAAAGAAGUCUUAUUUGUAAAAGCACUUUAUGUAUUACACUGUAUGUAAUAUGUAUUACACUGUAUGUAAUAUGUAUUACACUGUAUGUAAUAUGUAGAAUUACACUGUAUGUAAUAUAUGUAGUAUUACACUGUAUGUAAUAUGUAGUAUUACAUACAUAUGUAGUAUUACACUGUAUGUAAUAUGUAUUACACUGUAUGUAAUAUGUAAUAUUACACUGUAUGUACUAUGUAGUAUUACACUGUAUGUAAUAUGUAGUAUUACAUACAUAUGUAGUAUUACACUCUAUGUAAUACAUAGUAUUACUUACAUAUGUAGUAUUACACUGUAUAUAAUAUGUAGUAUUACACUGUAUGUAAUAUGUAGUAUUGCACUGUAUGUAAUAUGUAUUACUUUAUGUUGUGGGGGAUGUGUUGUAUUGUUCUGUCUGAUAUUUGUUGACUUUAUUUAAUGAUGCUGACAAAUAAUCCUAGUUAGUAAUGACAAUAAGGAAUUAUUAGUCAUCAUAAUAAUGAGUUAUUAGUAAUCACAAUAAAGAGUUAUUAGUAAUCACAAUAAAGAGUUAUUACACUGAAUGAUAACAAAUGGAAUGAAUGGCACACUCCUAAUAAAAUACUACUGACUAUACGUAGUG